UCCGUCGCCUUUUUAAGGCCACACACAUCCCUCUCUCCCUCCAACUCAACUCGAUCUCUUCUGCACAUUAGAUGUGACUAGCAGCAGCAUCACCAACAAGCUCGCCUUCGCCGCUCUCUUGUUCACCGGCAACGUCGACGCAGCCGUAAUCCCGUCGUCGCCUCCUUCCAUGUCCACCGCGUCGUCCAGCACGACCACCUCGUGGCAAUGGCCUUCCUGCGCGCAGGCCAGGACCAUGUCGUUCGGCAGGACCGAUGACGGCUACGAUGGCGAGGUUUCAUCAACGCGCAAGGACUGCAAGACAAGGGUGAUAACUAACCCGGCCUACUGCAACGACGAGCGCUCCUUCUUCUCCACCAUCGACUCGUCUGCUUCUACAACGGCGCCGGUGAGCGAGGGGGACGAGUUGAUCAUCCGUGGGAUCCGGUCGUCAAGCCGCCUCUUCUUCGAGCCCGAGGCGACGAGCUCCAUCGUGAACAAACCGAGCGGCGCCCACACGGUGGCGUUCGGCGGUGCGAGGGCGGUGGCCAUCCACUCGGCGGAUCCGUAUGGGGACUUCCGGCAGUCGAUGGAGGAGAUGGUGCUGAGCCACGGCGACAAUGGCAUGGACGACUGGGGUUGGUUGGAGGAGAUGCUAGGGUGGUACCUCAGGGCCAACGGCAAGAAGACCCACGGACUCAUCGUGGGCGCCUUCGUCGAUCUUCUUGUCGCGCUCACCUCCUCCUCCUCCAUCAAGCAAAGCGACAAGUGCUACUAGCUAGGAUCGUCUUCAUCUGCAUACUAGGUGUCAUGCGUUCGAUUGUGUACGAAAAAGUUCUGCCAUCGCAGCAAUGCAUCAUCAACAGUGUUCAAGUUUGAAUGUUCGAGAGGUGUGUUGUGUUUGUUGAG